AACAUCUGGAUCGCAGCUGGUGAUGGGGACCUGGCCCGUGUGGAGGAACUCGUCCUGGCUGGAACUUUGCCUAAUAUACCAGACGAGUUUACGUAUACUCCGAUGCACGCAGCAGCUUCGUAUGGUCACAUUCAUGUCCUUGAGUUCUUGUUGGCCCACGGUGGCGACGUCAAUAUCACUGAUGACGACGGCGAGACGCCUCUCUAUGUAGUAGAAGACGUUGUUACCGCUCGUUGGCUCAUCGAUCAUGGCGCCGUCAUCGAUAAGACCAAUAACGAAGGCGUAUCGCCCAUUGAAUCACUCGCAGAAGACUUUCCCCAAGUAGCGGAGUUUCUGCAAGCAGAGAUUGCUAUACGAAAAGUGGAUUAA